CUCUGGUACUUGCGGGCGCACCUUGGCCGUUGCUUGUAACAAAUUCCUUCUAGGUACUCUGCUCCGUAAGUAACCCGAGUUGCACGGUACCUCUGUAACUGGUACAUGCAGGUUGGCCGAGACGUCUUUGGUCUGUUUUUGACGUUACCCAUCUUGCUUAGGCCAGCCACCAGUGAGCUCUUCCUCUGCACCUCCAAGCUGCUGCCUCCAGCUUUUCUCAUUCAUCCUUUGGCCUGCUUUUCUCUUUGGGCUUCCUCUGUUUUCCUUUUCCCGAAAAUCUCGCCUGGUUUAGCCGUGACUCGCCUGAAAACCGCUCACUCUGUCGCUUCUAGCCCGAGCCACUGCCUUUGGCUUGGCGUAAAUGCUCUCUUCAAGACCAGGCAUAAGCGCCUUCAUCGCCUCUCAGUUAGACCGAGAAACGCUGUGAGCACUGCACGUACCAACAUCGGCGUCAUCAGAGAGUGCCUAAGCUCAGCCCGGCCUUGCACUAGCAUCACUAUUCGUCUUAUUUCUAGCCGUUGGCCGAUAUGAUCACGACAUUGUCCCACUGAGUCAAAGCAACAAGUAAAAUGCGCUUCUGGCUGUGUGACUUGUCCUGAUAUUAUACGCUCAUUCCAACCAUACGCCGUCCCAGUUGA